AUGCACUUUUUCAAACGAAAAUUUUCAUUCUCCGAGGAUGAAGCCGAACCAAUGGAGGAUGUUCGAGCACCGCCAUCAGCUUUUUCAUUUCAGAGCAUUGCAAAUAAAGUGUCAAAUACAAUUAGUGCUCCAACGUCUCCGGCAAAAACACGAGAAUCUCUUGCAGCUGCUCUCGAGCGAUCUCUUAACAGUGAUAGAACUCACGCGGAGCCCAUAAUGAAAGACGCCAAGGUGCUACUGUGCAUCGACUCUCAUCUCGUUGAUUGGGCCAAAUAUUUCCGACAUCAGACAUCUGAUGUCGCAAUUCGAGUUGAGCAAGGAGACAUCGACGAGAUCGACGUGAUGUGCACUGAGAAAGUUUGCACGGUGGAGAUCAAUCAGCCCGGAAGGGAUGUCCGAUCAUUCACACCGUCCGCUGUAUUCAUUGGAGCUGGAGCAACUCGAUGCGCCCAACUCAAAACCAUCGUCCGUGCAUUCAUCGCCGCCCACAUUCCAUUUAUCAAUUCACACACAUCGGCAGUUGCUUUUUUAGACAAAAAUAAUUUGAAGAAACAAGUGAAAAAGAUAACAUUGCCAGAUGGCGCUCAAAUUCCAAUGCUGCCCAUCAUCCACUAUCCACACUUUCACAAAUUUCAUCAAACCACCACGUUUCCUGUCGUUGUGUCGGUGAAUGAAGGAUUUCAAGGAAUCGGAAAGAUCAAAGUGAAUUCGCAUGAAGAAUUAUGCGAUGUGGAAGGAAUGCUUCAGAUAAUGAGUAAAGGAGACACCGAGGUCGAAGUCCAACCAUUCAUUGAUGCCAAAUAUGACAUUCAUGUGCAGAAAAUUGGGCACGAAUUUAAGACAUUCAUCCGACGCGGAAUUUCGAAACAUUGGAAGAGCAAUGUGGGAAGCUCGGUUCUUGAGCAGAUCAAUACUAAUGAGAGGUAUAGUUGGCGUCCGGCGACUGCAGUACGCGGGUAGAUUUACGGGAAUGCGUCAUUCGAAAUGUCCCGCAAGGACUAACUGGUUACUUCGAAUUUUAUGGGUCGACACAAAAAGUAUAUCAAAGCGAUUGUUGAUCAUGUUGGGCCGAUGCAAAUAUGCUCCAUUGAUAUCCUUGUUUCGAAAGAAGGCCGAGAAUUUGUGCACGAUAUUAAUGAUGUUAUCGCUUACUUCGGAGAAUCUGCUGAGGACGAUCGACGAGCAGCCGCAUCUCUAUUGCGAGCUGUGGUAGCUCCUCGAGUCCAUGCAAAUUCGCCACAUGAGAAUGGUAAUGGAAAGGUUCAUCACGCUGCUGCUCACGCCGAAUCCACCUCCAUGUCGGCUUCCAAUUCGUUCCAAGCGUCUUCACAUCGCCUACUACCGUCACAGCCUCCUUUGGAUCAACCCCAUCAUUACGCUCCCCCGCCUGCGAUUCCUCGAGAGUCAUCAAAAGAAUCAAUUUCCUAUGUUGAAGACACCAUGGGGCAGCUGAAAAAGACAUUCGCCGGUUUUUUCAGCGAUGGAUCAUAA